UCUCUCCGUGAAUCGCCAUCUUGAAGCCCUUACUGCUCUCUUCAGGUUGCGUACUACGCCCCUUGUUGAUAAAAAACGACAGUAAUCAGCUGUACGAUUAAAACCUUUCUUUUACCACGUAGGAAAAUAAGGAGCCAGGACGCUUUAUAUAAAAGCUGUUGUAACUGGCUAAAACCAUGCAAAAGUAUGAGAAGUUGGAGAAGAUAGGAGAGGGUACAUAUGGGACAGUUUUCAAGGCUAAAAACCGAGAAACACAUGAGAUUGUGGCUCUCAAACGAGUGAGACUGGACGAUGAUGAUGAGGGGGUGCCGAGUUCAGCAUUACGAGAAAUUUGCCUCCUGAAAGAACUGAAGCAUAAAAACAUUGUAAGGUUGCAUGACGUCCUUCACAGUGAUAAGAAGCUGACGUUAGUGUUUGAGUAUUGUGAUCAGGAUUUGAAGAAAUACUUUGACAGCUGUAAUGGUGACUUGGAUCCAGAGAUUGUCAAGUCCUUUAUGUACCAGUUAUUGAAGGGUCUUGCCUUCUGCCACAGCCGAAAUGUUCUCCACCGAGACCUCAAACCACAAAAUCUGCUCAUCAACAGAAACGGUGAACUGAAGUUAGCUGACUUCGGCUUGGCCAGAGCUUUUGGGAUACCUGUACGCUGUUAUUCUGCAGAGGUGGUGACGCUGUGGUACAGGCCUCCAGACGUGCUGUUUGGUGCUAAGCUAUACUCUACCUCUAUUGACAUGUGGUCUGCCGGGUGUAUAUUUGCAGAGUUGGCAAAUGCAGGACGGCCGUUGUUUCCUGGUAAUGAUGUGGACGACCAGCUGAAGAGGAUCUUCAGGUUGCUGGGAACACCGACAGAAGAACAGUGGCAGACUAUGAAUAAACUUCCAGAUUAUAAGCCGUACCCAAUGUACCCAGCUACUACGUCACUUGUGAAUGUCGUCCCGAAACUUAGCAGCACUGGCAGAGACCUACUACAGAAUCUUCUGAAAUGCAAUCCAGUUCAGCGAAUAUCAGCAGAGGAAGCCCUACAGCACCCUUACUUUGCAGAUUUCUGCCCACCCUAAAUGUCAGAUCCCCUUGACAUUGUUUAGGAACACAGAUGGGCCAGUCUUACCUCGUGAAACCCCUUCAACACCUCCAGCGUUCAGUUAUCUUUCAGUUCCAGUUCGGAUCACACCUGCUAUAGAGGGACCCUGAAACACUCCUCCCUCUACAUCUUUAUGAUAACUUGGUAAUAAUGAUAUGAUUAUGAUUGUGACUCUGUUUAAUGCAGAGUGUGCAUUACCACUAGUCUCCAAAUAUUUAUAUUAUAUUUAUAUUAAUGUGGUUUUAAAGGGAUAGUUCACCCAAAAAUAAAAAUUCUGUCAUCUACUCACCCUGAUGUUGUUCCAAACCUGCAUGAGCUGUUGAACAGAAAAAAA